AUGCUGAAGGAAGUCAACUGUAUACAAAUCAUUUCAUACAUCGCAAAGUCCACGAGAGCACUCAGCAUCAAUAUGAGCAUCCUCACAACCUUCACCCAUCCCAGCGACAUUCGCUGGCAAGGCCGCCAGCGUCUCCACCAUACUAUUUUCCUCGCUAAAAACAUCCUUCUCAUACCCUUUAUAAUCCUCGUCAUCGUUGAGUCCGCGCUCAUCAAAUCAUGGUGGCCAUACGAAUCCUGGGAAUACGCUCCAUACGAGUUCUGGCUGCGCAUCGGCCUCGCGCUUAUCCCUGAUCUGGUUUACACCAUCAUCGCGUUCUUCCUGAUCCUGAACCCCAUGCAUCACUCCACAUACUCGUUCCAUCCGAUCUUUGCGCUGGUGGGAAGCGUGUUGACGGUUUGCUGGUUGGGUCCGUUCUUGGCGUAUGCGAAUGAAGUGCAGUUUCCCAACGAAGAUGCGUGGCAGAGUAUUGUGUAUGCAGAAGCAGGGAUUCAGGUGGUGUUGUUGCUCAUGUGGGCAGGUAUGAUGGGUUUGAGUGCUGUGGCGGUGCACAAGUGGAGGGCUGGGAAGAAGGGUGGAGUGGAGGAAGUCAGAGUUUAG